CGCGUGAGUGCAUGUGAAUAUCUAUAUGUGUGUGUGUGUCCGCAAGUGUAAAUCUAUGUGUGUGCAUGUCGACAUGUGCAUGUCUCGGCAGUCUGUCUCUUUUUUCCUGUAACCUACUUACUAAUCCUAGACAGAUGUACUUUUACUGAGGCGGCUGUUUAUUUGACACAGAAACAUAGCAAACACCAGCACUAGUCAGCGGCAAAUAUUUUAAACUUCAAAAGUACAUUAAAGAGUAUAUAAUCCUGCUAGUAAAAGGAUGGAGUUCUCCGCCAUUGAUUUGGCUUUGGCACUUAGCGUUGUCAUUUUGUUAGUUUUCCACUUCUGGCUCAACAGAGACUCUAGACGUCUGCCUCCAAGUCCACUCAGACCGCUACCUAUUGUCGGGAACAUCUUUGCACUGAUAUCUGACCAGAGGUCACAGUUUAAGCAAUGGCGUGAGAAAUGUGGGGAUAUAUUUAGUUUGAGAAUUGGGUCAAAGUUCAUGGUGGUACUCAACGGAUAUGACGUUAUCAAGGAAGUCCUCGUACAAAAUGCAGACGACUUCUCAGAUCGGCCAUUAACCGUUUUUGACUUGACUUCAGGAUUACAUAGCAAUGGCAUCAUCACAAGUUCUGGAAAGGUCUGGAAAGAGCAACGAGCCGUCGGCUUACAAAUUCUUCGAAAUUUCGGAAUGGGUAAAAAUAUUUUAGCGGAACAAAUCCAAAAAGAGAUACAUAAAUAUAUUGAAUAUUUGUCUGAAAAUAUUGACCACCCAGUGGACAUUGACUCGGCGACCAACAUCAGCUCAUCCAAUAUUAUAUGCUCAAUCUUGUUUGGGCAAAGGUUUGAAUAUUCAGACCAAUCGUUUAGAAAACUGAUGGACAACAUUGCUUUACUUAUAAACAACUUUAUUAUCAACAGUUCCGUUGUUUUUAUUCCCGCGUUACGACUUUUGCCCGGGGAUUGGUUUAGGAUAAAGCAAACAGAACGAGGAGUUCAAGAAAUGUUUCAACUUUUUGUCUCCUGUAUUGAAAAAUGUCGCAAAGGGGAGACUGGGGAAUGUUUCAUAUCGGAAUAUCUGAGAGAACAGGAGAAGAGAGUUAAAAGUGGCAUUGGCACGUCCAUGGAUGACAACAAUUUAAAAAAGGUCAUCUUUGAUUUGUUUAUCACUGGGUCAGAAACGACGUCGACUACUCUAUACUGGUUUGUACUUUACAUGUUGCAUUAUCCUGACGCUCAGAAGAGAAUAUUUGAUGAAAUUAAUGAGCAUGUUGGAACAGACAGAGUGCCGAACAUUGAAGACAAACAGAACCUGACGUAUUUGAACGCGGCGAUAAUGGAGACUCAGAGACUGGCCAGUAUCGCCCCUAACGGAUUCAUUCACACUUGUCCAAGGGAUGUCACCAUACGAGGCUAUACUAUUCCAAAAGGCGCAUACGUCAUGCCAUGUCUGGACUCUGUGUUAUACGACGAAAAAAUCUGGGGACAAGACGUCAUGAGCUUCAGACCAGAAAGAUUUAUCGGCCAUGAGGGACAACUCCUCACUCCUGAGGAGUUCAUUCCCUUCGGAACAGGAAGACGAAUCUGUUUCGGUAAAAAUAUGGCGAAUGUCUCCAUGUUUUUGUAUGUAUCCAACAUGAUUCAAAAAUUUGAAUUUCAACCAAUGGAUCCUUUCCAUCUUCCUUCAACGAAGUACAAUAUGGGUCUGUCAGUUCAUCCUGAUCAUUAUCAAGUGAAAGUUGUGCCGAGGCGCUCUAGAAAUUAGACCCUCAUUUUGUUCUUUCGGAAGCGUCUAUUGCAGGGGUUCUCAACCUGUGGAUCGCGACCCCCUAGGGGGUCGAUUGACGAUUUGCCAGGGGUCGUCUAAGACCAUCGAAACUAUGGAUUGUUAUUGUCUACUCUUCUAGUGCUGUAUCUGUGUAUCGGGGGGAGGGGGUCGCCGCAGAGUGGAGGAUUGUAAAAAGGGGUCGCUGAGCAUAAAAGGUUGAGAACCGCUGGUCUAUUGUAUUGUGCUUUCAUAUUUAUUUUUUGUUCACUGGUUGUUUGAUUCGUACAGUCAGACUCUGAACGACUGUCUCGUAUAACUAGAUGUAUAUCAUAUGAAGAUAUAAUUGUCUGUAUUUUGAGGAGGUUAAGAAGAAAAUCAUUAAAAGUUAUUUUAAAAAAAAAACACUAUACCUCAAUAUAAAGCACAAAAUACCCGCUCAUUCACUAACUGAUUGAUUCAUUGAUGGCGAAAUCUCUGAAACUGUUGUAGUAAAGAUCCGCCUGAUAUUUUGUAAAUAGGUUCAUAUUAGCUCCUAGGUGCUCAGUAAGUUAAUUUUUCCUAGUGUGACCAGCAAUCUGUUGCUAUUAGCGACAAACCGUAAGCUUUCUAUCAAACA